CAUCACUGCUGGGCACUGACUGGCGGCACUGACUGGCACAACCCCUGGGCACUGACUGGUGGCACUGACUGGCAGCACUGCUGGGCUGCACUGGUGGGCAGCACUGGUGGGUGGGCACAGGUGGGUGGCACUGGUGGGCACAGGUGUGUGGGCACAGGUGGAUGGCACUGCUGGGCACAGGUAGGUGGCACUUCUGGGCACAGGUGUGUGACACUGCAGAGUGGCACAGGUGGGUGCACUGCUGGGCACAGGUGGGUGAUCUGCUGGGCACAGGUGGGCAGAGCUAGUGGGCGCACUGCUGGGCACAGGUGGGCGGAACUUGCGGGUGGCACUGCUGGGCACCGAUCAUCAGGGCACUGAUCAUCACGUGUCAUUGGACACCGCUGAUCACGUGGUAAAAGGCCGCUGUGAUUGGC